GAAGGGAAGGAGGGAGGGAGGGAAGGCGGACGAGUCGGCCGGGCGGCCGCAGAGGCGGAGAGCUGAGGCGGUUCUUGAGGCGCUCGCGCUGCCCCGCGCCUGGCUCGACUUGGCCGGGAGACGGUGGCCGUCGCCGUCGCCGCUUCCCGAAGACUCUUCCUACAAGCGCAGGAUACAGAGGCAGAAAGAAGCUUUGAAUGGACAGUGAUUAAUGAUACAAUGAAGGCCUGGAGUGAUAGUCAAUCAGACCUUUACAGCAGUGACCUGGAAGAAGAGGAAGAAAUGAUUUUUGGAGAAAACGAAGACGACUUGGAAGAGAUGAUGGAUUUAAGUGAUCUUCCUACCUCACUCUUUGCUUGCAGUGUUCAUGAAGCAGUAUUCGAAGUUCAAGAGGAAAAGGAAAGAUUUGAAGCACUUUUCACAAUCUACGACGCUCAUGUUACAUUCCAGUUAUUUAAAAGCUUCCGAAGAGUAAGGAUAAACUUUAGCAAUCCAGAAGCAGCAGCCAGAGCACGGAUAGAACUCCACGAGGCAGAUUUCAACGGGAAAAAACUGAAGCUAUAUUUUGCCCAGGUUCAGGUGCCGAGCGAAGUGGGAGACAAAUCUUACCUUUUGCCCCCGCAACCUACCAAACAGUUCCUGAUCUCACCUCCUGCAUCCCCACCUGUAGGCUGGAAGCAGAGUGAAGAUGCUACUCCUAUGAUAAACUAUGACUUGCUUUGCGCUGUUUCAAAAUUGGGGCCUGGGGAAAAGUACGAACUUCAUGCUGGAACCGAAUCCACUCCAAGCGUCGUGGUCCAUGUGUGUGAAAGUGAAACCGAAGAGGAAGAUGAAGUGAAAAAUCCCAAGCAGAAGAUAGUGCAAACUCGGCGCCCGGACCCACCAUCUGCCUUAAUAAGUGAAGCAAAAACUCUUGAAUGUAUGCUAGAAGUAGGAGGUGGGGUGCACUACUGAUUCGAAGCUAUUUAAUCCUGGCAGUGGAUGAUUACUCCCAUUUGCAUUGCUGCAUCCUGCAUAGCAGCAACGGACUCCUCUUGCGGUCAUCUCGCAUCAAGAAGACAUUUUGAAGAGCACUUUAAGGUCAACUUCCAAGAUGUAGCAAAUCCACUAGGCUGCCAAUCCUAGAAGAGUGCCAUUUCUGGUAAUCUGUGUUACCGUCCUCUUGGUGUUUGUAAGGCCGAAGGAACUUGGCUGCUGCCAUUUAUAUAUGGGCUACCACAGGGUUUUGUAUGUGAGUCUCUCAUGCAUAUUUUUGUGUGCUGAUGUAUACCAUGGAUCUGAUUCACUCGAUGUUCUAAAUAAUCUAGUGACAAAUUAUACAUGUAAUGUACAAUGUACAUUGUUAUCAGUAGGAGAAUCUCAAACUGUUUUUGAGGUGAUAGAAUCAAAUAUUCAAGCAGGUUUGUUUUUGUGGUUUCUGGGUUUGUUUGUUUUUUUCUUAUAGGUGCCAUAGUUGUGUGUAUUGAAUGUCAAGGUAUUCUUGUGAAUUGGUGUAAGACAAAAAAAAAAAUUGGGAGUUGUAAUAGUUCUUUUCUGCCCACUGCAAUUAGGAAAAAAUUUAAAAAUUGAAAUGCUUGCAAGGAUACAGUGAAGAAUGGGUUCAUUAUCUUUGGGGCACAUCUUCCUAAUCUGUAGUUUUCCACCUACUAUGCUUAUGUCGUACAGGAGAUAUUUCCGGAGCAAGGAGUGUCUUCUGCUGAAGCUUGUUCUUCAUUGUCUGUUUUCAGAAUAUUCUGGUUAGCCAAGCAAGUAGAUAGCCCUCCCAUCUUCACUUUCCCAUCACUUUAACUGUUUUCCAUUUGUGUAUGUAUUUAUCAUUUAUAGGAUCAGGUCACACAUGCUGUGCCAAGAUGUUUAGCCAUGGUUUGUUCUACAAGCCAUAGUAACCUGGUUUAUUGAUGAAGCUAAGCCAAAAAGAAACCAGCUGCAUUAUGUCUUAUGCAAUAUGUGAAUCAGUCUUAUAGAGAAUACAAGUCAACAUUUCCCAGUGAGCUUCUGGUUGAAUUUCUUGUUUAUUGCCUGAUUUUCUUUUUCUCCCUGGCAUCAAAUCAUGUAGCUUAAUUAUUUCUGAGGAAGGAAGGAAGAGGUACAUCAAGAUAACUUGCAUUACGCUGUGCAGGAGGAAGGUGACCGUUCAGGUACAGAAACUUGAGAAAUAAGGUUAGACCAGUUGUGCAAAUUGUUCUCUGUGCCUGCCUUUCUCUUCCCAAUGUCUUUCUGCUAAAUACCACCUUUAUUCAAUUAUUUCUGUAAUACUACAUGUCUGACAGUAAAUACUUUUUAUGGCUGAAAUAAACGGAAAAACAGAUAAA